CUUCACGCUCACCAUCAGUUACGAGAGAGACUUUGAAGUGUGCACAGACUCAACACCUCUCUCUCUCUCUAUCUCUCUAUCUCUGUCUGUGUCCGGUGCUAAGGGUGUCUGUGGAGGCGUGACACAGCGCCCACAGACAGACACGGAGCCACAGAAACACAGACAAGUUCAAUUCACUGAAGGAGAUUAAGAAAAGGAAAUAAAGUGUGGAAGAUUUUGAAGAGAGUGAGAAGAGAUUGGCUUAAGAGGAAAGAGGAGAAAGAAGAGGAAGAGGAAGAAGAGGAGGAGGAGGAAGAGAAGAGCGAACCUGAAUAAGAGGAGAUAGAGGAACGAGAAGAAAUAUUGUUUUGCUAAAGAGGAAAGAGGAGAAAGAAGAGGAAGAGGAAGAGGAAGAAAACGAAGAAGAGGAGAGAAAGGAACGAAGAAAGAGGAGAAAAAACUGAAAAAAAGAGGAAGAGAAAGAAAUUGAAAUAGAAGUGAAAAAAAACUGAAAUAAAAAGAAAGUUAACCGAAGAGAAAACAAAACAGAGUGCAAGAAGACAAAGCAGAAGAGAAAGAAAAGAAGACAAAAAACGAAAACAAAAGAGAAAACAAAGAAAAAAAAAAUAUAUAUACUAACACGAACUUAAAGACAGACAAUGGCGGGAACACGUAUCAUACAAGUCUUGAUCCUGUCGUGUGUGGUGACAGCGAUCAUGACCGCGGCUGUCGGAGGAAGAGGAGGAGGAGGAGUGGAAGAAGAGGAAAGUGAAGGAAGAGCAGGAGGAGGAGGAGGAGGAAGAACUGAGGGAGGAGAAGAAAUUGAAGGAGGAGAGGGAGGAAUAGGGAAACAGGAAGAAACAGAAGAAGGAAGAGGAGGAGGAGGAGGAAUAGAGAAACAGGAAGAAACAGAAGAAGGAGGAGAGGAAGAAGGAAUAACACAAACAGAAGGAGAAGAGAAAGAAAUUGAAGGAACGGAGACAGAGAAACCACAAGCGAUAGAAGAAGAGGGAGAAGGAGAAAGAGAAGAAGCAAAGGGAGGAAUAGAAACAACAGAAGAAGGAGGACAAGGAGAAGGAGAUAAUGAGGGAAAAGCGACCACAGAAGGAGGAAGAGGAGGAGGAGGAGAGAAGGAAGGGAGGGCAAUAAUAACAGAAGGAGGAGGAAGAGGAGUAGGAGGAGGAGGAGGACCCAACACUAUCCCAAAUAAUACCACGACUGCCUCCUCCUCUUCUUCUUCGUCUUCUCCCUCCUCUUCCUCUUUCCCAUCUACCCCAACCUCCUCCUCGUCUUCCACCUCUUUCUCCUCCACCACCUCUUCUUCUUCGUCUUCUUCAUCCUCCUCCUCCUCCUCCUCCUCUUCCCUUCCUCCUAAAUGCCUUCUUCCUCCUAAAAAGGGCAUUUGUCGGGCCCUCCUUCCGACCUAUUUCUACGACCCAAUCCUCGGCGCCUGCGACUGCUUCGUCUACGGCGGCUGCAGAGGCAACGACAACCGCUUCCGUACUUUAAGCGAGUGCGAGACUGCGUGCGGAGUGCAGCAACGCGCCUCGGAACCCACCGCGGAGUGCAUCAGACUCUUCGGGCCCACUGGAAUGCCGCAAGAACUCAGCAAUGUGGGUCAGGGUGUCUCUGUACUCAGCGUGGGUGAUGGGAGAGCGUUGCUGAGUCAGGGGAAUGGUCAGCACUCACCAGGUGUUAGUCAGGAAGGAAGUCAGCAGUCUCAGGUUACGAGUCAGCAAUCAGGAACGACUCAGGACCCAGAAAUCACAAGUCAGCAAGUCAGUCAGCCCUCAGAACCGACUCAGCACCCACAGGAAGGGACUCAGCAACCAGAAAUCACGAGUCAGCAAGUCAGUCAGCCCUCGGAAACGACUCAGCACCCACAGGAAGGGACUCAGCAACCAGAAAUCACGAGUCAGCAAGUCAGUCAGCCCUCGGAAACGACUCAGCACCCACAGGAAGGAACUCAGCAGGAAGAAAUCACAAGUCAGCAAGUCAGUCAGCCCUCGGAAACGACUCGGCACCCACAGGAAGGAACUCAGCAGGAAGAAAUCACAAGUCAGCAAGUCAGUCAGCCCUCAGAACCGACUCAGCACCCACAGGAAGGAACUCAGCAGGAAGAAAUCAUAAGUCAGCAAGUCAGUCAGCCCUCAGAACCGACUCAGCACCCACAGGAAGGGACUCAGCAACCAGAAGCCACGAGUCAGCAAGUCAGUCAGCCCCCGCAGCAGGUGACAUCAGCGUUAGUCAGCGGUCCGGGCCUGCUGAGUGCUGAGCCGGUUGCUAUUUUUGUACGAAGACCAGAAACAUAGAAAAAAACAGUAAAAAAAUAACUGAAUGAAUAUAAUGUAAGCCGGGAAGUUCGUACGAAGAGAACCACAAAAAAUAACUUGUCAACGUGAUUUUUGUAACGAUAUAUUUAAUUAUUUACUUAUUAAUGUAUUUGUGAAUUUAUAAGUGCUUGUAUUAUUUGUUCAACUGCAUUAUCAAGGGUGGAAUCGAUGCAGGAGUUAGCAAUAUUACAAUUAAAUAUUUACCCAUCAAUAUAUUUCAGUUUAUAAGUAAUACUAGCACUGAAUAUUUACCUAUCAAUAUAUUUCAAUUUGUCAGUAAUAUUACCACUAAAUAUACCAAUCAAUAUAUUUCAAUUUGUCAGUAAUAUUACCACUAAAUAUUUACCCAUCGAUAUAUUUCAAUUUGUUAGUAAUAUUACCACUAAAUAUACCUAUCAAUAUAUUUUAAUUUAUCAGUAAUAUUACCACUAAAUAUUUACCCAUCGAUAUAUUUCAAUUUGUUAGUAAUAUUACCACUAAAUAUACCUAUCAAUAUAUUUCAAUUUAUCAGUAAUAUUACCACUAAAUAUACCUAUCAAUAUAUUUCAAUUUAUCAGUAAUAUUACCACUAAAUAUUUACCUAUCGAUAUAUCUUAAUUUAUUGGUUAUUUGUUUUUUUGCUCUAAGUAAUGUCACUGCUAUUUUUUUUUUUUUUUUUGAUAUUAUGUCUACUACUUUUUUAUAUAGGUCACGUUAAAGGGAACUUCACAAAGCCUAUAAUAUUUCAAGUUAGUUAUUAGUUAGUUGUUAGUUAUUUGAUAUUGCUGUAGGUAUAUAUUAUCUCGACAACUGUUUACAAUUUACUACGUUAUAGGGAACUUCACAAAGCCUAUAUUUUUUCUAGUUAAUUAUUAGUUAGUUGUUAGUAAUUUGCUUUUUUUGCUGUAGGUAAUGUCACUUCGAAUCUAUUUUUUUGUUUAGUAAUAUUAUAUCUACUACUGUUUACCAUUUAUUACUUUUUAUAUAUGUCACAUUAUAGAGAGUUUCACAAAGCCUAUAGUUUUUUUCUAGUUAGUUAUUUUUGUUUUUCUGUUUUUUUGCUGAAGGAAUUGUCACUUCUAAUUUAUUUUUUGUUGUGUAAUAUUAUGUACCAUUUUUUUUUUUUUUUUACAACAAAGGAGACAGCUCAAGGGCACAAAAAAGGAAACAAUAAUAAAAAAAAGCCCGCUACUCGCUGCUCCUAAAAAGAAUCCAAAGAGGUGGAUGUUUACUAUUUAUUACUUUUUAUAUGUCACGUUUUAGGGAGUAACACAAAGCCUAUUUUUUUCUAGUUUUCUGUAGUCAAUAAAGCUAGUGAGGAA